AUGUUGAACGGACACGAGCUCAAUGAUGAAGUGGCACCCAUUCCCACUAUGUUGCCUUCCUCAACUCAGAGUUUGAGUACACCUCUACCAGUUUUGCCCAUGUCGGUUCUCUCGAUCGCAAUGCUUGGAGAGUUUCUCUCUUCCAACGUGUCAGUGCCAUUCUUGCUCUUCAUGGUGAAAGGCUUUGGGUUCUCUGAUGAAGCAGAAGCAGCAUUCUGGACAGGGGUCUUGGUCUCAAUGUUCUUUCUUAGUCAAUUCCUGACCUCCUUGCUUUGGGCAACACUCGCUGAGAGAUAUGGUCGCCGAUUCGUGCUGGUGGUCACGCUGUUCGGAAGUGCAGUAUCUGUGACUGCCUUUGGGCUAUCCAAAAACAUAGGGCAAGCAAUAUGCAUUCGUCUUGUGCAAGGGAUUUUCGCUGGUGCAGUCGGGGUGGCAAGAGGUUCUGUGGUCUUCAUUACCGAUAGUUCGAAUGAAGGUAGAGCAUACGCUAUUCUUGGCUUUUUCUGGGGAUUCGGGGGACUUCUCGGCCCAAUUAUUGGAGGUUCAUUCGAGCGUCCAGCUGAGAGGUGGCAAGUAUUUCAGCACUGGAAAAUCUUAGACGACUUUCCAUACCUUCUCCCCUCUUUAAUCGCAGGGUCAAUACUUUUUGCGGGAUCAUUUCUUGCCUGCUUUCUCGGCCGCGAUGGUACAACAACUUCAGUCCAGCCUCAUCUGGAAAAAAUAGAGAUUCAUUCCCCAAACUCUGAUUUCGAGGUACAAAACAUACUGUCAACGACGCAAAGUUCGACUAGAACAGUUCAACGACGCGAGUCGUCAAUACAUCCAUUGACAGCGAACGGGCCGGAAUCCUGGGUACAAGACCACUCUCUUCAUUCCACCUCCUCCGGAAUCCCAAUGGGCCCUCGAACAAUAACGAUGUCAAGUUCGAGGUCCAAUGCCAUGGCAAGAAGCCAUUAUUCCACGUUCGAUCGGACUUCUGGAUAUCGACAGACAGUGCCUUUGUCAUUCUACCCAGGCCUGAGUGGGAGUAUACCCGCUUCUAGAUUCUAUCACGAUGACAAUGAUGAACCGGACAGCCGUAGUGUUGUGGAAAGGGUAGUGCUGGCGAACGAGAAUGCCAUCAACAGCAUCGCAGAUCUUUGGGUCGCCGCUGCCUUGAAUGUCGAAGGGAAUGACGACGAUGGUACUCAUAUAGACACGAGCCACAACAUCUUUGAAUUCGAGGAUGGAUUUCAUGUUGAUGUUCACAGCCACAGAGGACGCAGUGAUCAUCCCUCACAUCUUUAUUCUACAACUAAAUCUCCCUCCCGGCGUCGGUCAUCUCGUCGUCCCUCAACUACGAGGCCUAUGGAUGCUUCUCUUAGUGUUUAUCAAUCAGCUGGUGGUACAUCCACUCCUCGACAAUUCCCAUCAAUUUUCACGAACUCUGGGGUGAGUACGCCUCACGAUGUAUUCGAAAACCCCGCCUGUAACUCAGAAACUGAUCUCACGACUAAUCUUGAACGGGAAUUACCUCCCAUUCUUGAAUCAAGGCAACCUUCCGCCAUGCAUCUCAAUGAAGGGGAGACCGCUGCACUUCUAGAUGCGGGGAUAUCUUCUCCAUCUGCACCACUCCCAUGGCUUGUUAUCACUCAAUUUGGAUUACUUGCAUUGCACACGACAACACACGAUCAAAUUUUCAUGUCUUAUUUGGUUAGCGAUUACGAUGCAGGCGGACUUGGUCUCAAUGCAAGCGAUUUUGCGCAAUUGAUUGGGUUGAUGGGGUUCGCUCAGAUCAUCUACCAGUUCUAUUUGUAUCCCCCUCCAAGAGGUCAACUUUCUCAUUUGACCAUGUAUCGACUAGGCACGAUACUUUUUGUACCGGCAUAUUUAACGGUCGUGUUAUAUCGAGCACCGUUUGGAUACCCGGAUGAUCACAAGAAAUCGGUACUUAUGACUGCUAUCCGUUACUGUGGAAUGACCUUUGCGUUCACUUCGAUAUCCGUCCUUCUGAAUUGCUUGACCCGGCCAGAAGCUGUUGGGUAUGCUAAUGGUCUCGCACAAACCAUUGUAAGCUUAGCACGAUGUUUGGGACCCGUGUUAGGUGGCUGGAUAUGGUCUGUAAGUGUAGAAGGUCAUCCCUCGGGGUAUCCCUGCGGUUUUUUAGUGUGCACUGUUAUGUGUAUUAUCACUGUGGUCAUGACUGUUUUCAUUUAUUGA